AUGGACAACGAAAGCGCCGUGCUCUAUCCCAACCCGAUCGUUGGCGAGAGCGUCUACAACUACGCACGCGAAAAGUCGCUGACCCUCCCCCCGCACAUUCAACAAUACCAUGCCUGGAUCUACGAAACUCAGGGCCGCAUGGCCAUGAUGACCAGCUCUGUCUUCCAGGGCAAGUCGCUACACUGGUUCGCCCGUGCCAUUGACGCAAAGAGAGUGCUGGAGAUCGGCGUCUAUAUGGGCUUCACUAGCCUCGUCUGGGCUGACGCCGUCGGCCCAGACGGCAAGGUCGUGGGCCUCGAGCUCUCGCCCGAGUACGCGAGCCAAUCCCGCAAGAUUGCGGCCGACAGCGGCAUCCAGAACGUCGAGGUCGUCGAGGGCGAUGCUGCAGAGCUGCUUGGACAGCUCUCCCCAUCCGAGCCCUUCGAUAUCAUCUUCAUCGACGCCGACAAGGAUCGCUACCCCGCCUACCUGGAUCUCAUCUUGGAAAGGUCGCAGCGCGGCGUCGAGCCCCGGCUUCUUCGUCCCGGUGGCAUCAUCAUCGCCGACAACGUCAUCCGCCGUGGUCUCGUGGCCAACAGCUCCGACGAUAACCCUUGGGCCGAAAGGUUUAAGAAGAUUGGCCUUUGGUCCGACAAGGACAUGGAGGCUCUAAACAGCUUCAACACAAAGGUAGCCACCAACAAACGCUUGGAAAAUUUGCUACUGCCGCUGUUCGACGGAAUGUCCAUGUCUAGACUUAUAGACUAG